UUUACUUAACAAUAUGAAUAUCCUUCCUUUGCGACGGUUAACAUUCACUCAAUACAACCAUAUAUACCCUUCUUUUCCACCAAGACGAUAUUUUGCAUCUACACAACAAAAGAAUGGCAAAUUGAAGACAUUUAUGAGGAAAUAUGGUUAUGUAGGUGUAGGUGUUUAUUUAGGAUUCAGUGUUAUCGAUUUGGGUUUGACCAUGGCCGCCAUUCGUAUCAAGGGAGCUGAUAAAGUAGAACAAUUGGAACAUUGGGUAGUGACCAAAGUCAAAACAAGUUUAGGUAUGGAACCUCCUCCUGUUUUUACCCCAUCCAUACAACAACCUCGACCUUCUUGGACAUCCAUUUUCGUUUUGGCCUAUGGUAUACACAAAACUGUCCUAUUACCUGUACGACUCUCUCUCACUGCCGCUGUAACUCCUGCUGUAGCAAAGAAAUUAGCAAGUUUAGGUUGGAUUCGACGUCAAUCACUCCCAAAGUCACGAUAGAUAGAUAGAUAGAAAAGUUAUUUUUUUUUAUAGUUUGAAUCAUUAGAUUAGAUGAUAUAUAUAUAUAU